CCGAGGCGGGAAAGGGGGCGGGGCGGAGAAGGUGAGGUUCGCUUCUAAGGGCCCGCGGGAGGGGAACCGCCGACGGAAAGAUCUGGAGCGGAGCCCAGCCUGAGGUAGUAGACGAGGAGCGAUUUCAAGAGCACAGCCAUGUCCGGGGGGCUUUCCAGGGUCUUCGAAGACGACCCCUUCUUUCGGAAUUCUUUUGCUGCACAUCGUGAGCAUAUGCAUCGUAUCUUUUCUGAACCUUUUGGUCCAAGUUCGCAUUUUCCUAUUAAAGAUGGUGGUGAAAGAACUCUAGAUCAAAGAGGACGUCCCGAUUCUCGGGUUGCUUUGAGGGACAAUCACAAGGUGAUGAGCUAUUCCCUUUUGCCCUUUGGCAGUUUUGGUGGCAUGGCAAUGGAUUUCCCUUUUAUGCCUUUUGGCUGUUUUGGUGGCAUGAACAUGGAUUUUAGGGAUCCCUUUUCUGCAAUGGACAGAAUGAUGUCCAAUAUGAGAAACAGUAUGGUGGAACUGCAAAGAAAUUUCGAUAAAAUGUCACUUGAUCCAAAUUCACACUCAUACACUUCUUCCUCUGUGAUGACAUAUUCCAAGAAGGGUGAUGAACCACCAAAAGUUUUCCAGGCGUCUGCUCAGACACGCACAGCUCCGGGAGGGAUCAAAGAAACCAGAAAAGCAUUGAAAGAUACUGAAAGUGGACUGGAAAAAAUGUCUAUUGGCCACCACAUUCAAGAUCGCGCUCAUGUUGUUCAGAAGGCAAAGAACAGCAAAACUGGAGAGGAAGAAUUAAAUCAAGACUUUAUCAAUUUAGAUGAAGCUGAAGCUCAUACAUUUGAUGAAGAAUGGCAAAAGGAGAUCAUGCAGUUCAAGCCCUCUGCAACAAGAAGCAAUAUAGAUAAUCCAAGACAUAGAAGGAUCCAUCAUGUAAGCAGGGAAGAUGGAGCACGAAGGGAGAAGACAGUUCCAAGAUCAGCCAUCGAGGGACCCAGGAAUCCUAAAUCUUCUGUGGAGAAGCUGAAUAUUAAGGGAUCGCAUGUUCCUCUCAGAAGCAGCAAAAAAUAAAUUGCUGUGCUUUACCAUAUUAAUUUUGCUGUUUUAGGGAGGAUACAGUGAUUCUGGAUCAAUGAAUAAGACCAAGCUCUCUGUUUUUUAGCAGUAGUGAAUUUUGCUCUGUGAUUGCUGAAUGUUCCUGAACACGCCCAGCUACUUGGUAACGUUUGGUUUCAAGCAGUAAAAGGAAAACAUUGAUACUGAAAAGCACUUUGAGGGUUGGGUUUUUUUUUAGUAAGAAGUAGACAAUUAAAGCACCUAUUUUCCAUUAACACCAAGCACUGCAGCAAGUACAAAAUGGAAUAUUUUUACAGCUACCUGUGCAACUCUUCAAAGGAAUACAGUUUAAAACAAGCCAUUUGUAACAAGUAUAACUGGUGUCAUUGUGGUGAAGAGCCAAUAAGUUGCCAAAUGUAGAGCACUUUAAAAAGUAUCUGAGGCUUAAAGCAGUACUUCACUGCAGAAUAACAGCAUGUAGGUUUGUUAGCCUGUCAUUAUUGAUGAGUCUUGCAUGAAAUAUACAUUGACUAAUUACAUAACCGUUCUAUUCUUACUUUAUAUCUCUUAAUAUGAUGACUUAUCUUCUAAAUUGGUUGCUCUUCUUUCUUGGAAGAUGAUUCUCUACUUCAAAUCUGCCAUACCUCUUGCUAAAAUUAAGCAAUGCAUGUCUAGCUUGUGGGAUAAAUGCUGCCCCAUCAUUUCUAGCCAUCCAUUUACAAUGAUGGAUAAGUUGGUGUAGGGAAUCUAAGCUAGUGAACACCUAGAAAUGUGUCAUCUUACUUCAAAAUAUUCUCUUCCAUGUUUUAUAGAGUAGUAAUUACAUAUUUGACUUUUCACUUAUUUGGAACAGAAAAGUCAUUAACUAUAAAACAUGAACAUAUUCAUUGCUUAAAUAUAUCUAAUAGUUUUAGCAAACAAAGUUCCAUAUAGGUAAAGAAAAAAAGAAAAACCUGGUAUCUGGAUUACAGCAUUUAAGGCAAUCGAGAAAAGACAUAAUUCAUCUCCUGGCUGUAGCUGUGUAUCAGAUCCUUUUUGUCUUUGAUCCAUAUUUAUUGCAAUAGUCUCAGCUUGCCCUGCUCAGAUUUGAGGUAUGUCCAGCUAUUUUACUGGAAUAGAAUUUUUUCCUUUCAUUUUAAUAAAACAGGCUUCCUUCCACUACCUAAUUAUUUUAUUUUCAUAUGGGUUAAUAUUAAGUAACUAACUUUUGUUGAAUUAUUGAUUGGAAAACAUAUUUCUGCUAUUUUAAAGCAGUGGCAUGAUUCAAUGCCUGCUUGAUUCCGGAAUAGGAAUACGAGGAAAUUGGCCAAUGAAUCCCAUUUUACUUCUUUCAGCCUUUAUAGAGUGUAGCUAAAAUGCACAAAACAGCUGAAGGUGGUGGUGGCCUGCUUACAAUAGUAUUUUUAAAGUAUCUUAAGAUUGCUUUUAGCACCCUCUCCACACUCUCUUUGUAUUGAAUUUGUUUUCCAGUUACUCUUUUAUUAUUUGACCAUUUAAUGCUCAUUUUCUUUUUUCCUCUACUAGUUGAGAUCUGUGGAUUGUAUGUUUUGCAAUGCUUUGGAAAGUUACAGGGGUGAGAUUUUCCCCCCUUUUUUACAGAACUUCUGGAAUUUGUUUCUUUUUUGCACAAACACUGUUCACUUUUUGGCCUUUCAUAGAGAAGACACAAAAUUGUUGAAUAUGCAUAUUCACUGUGAAAUAUUCCUUAUUCUUGUGAUUACUCUUGUAAAUUUUUAACAAAAGGUCCUACUCACUGCAUUGCUCUGUGUGAAAUGCAACAAUUAGAAUGGUUAGUUACUUUAGAAAUAUGCUUAUGUCACUUUAACUAUUGAGUUCCUGUAGGAAUCUCUGUCUUGAAGAUCUAUGCCCUAGACUUUUGAAACAGAAUAUAUAAUACAUAAAGAAACUUCACAGAUUAAUUGGCCUCCUUCAUAUAAAGUCUCUCUCAGAGCCUCUUUUAUUCUUUCCAAAUUCCUUGGAAUGAAAUUCUGCAUUUGCAUAGUCUUGAUACUGAAUAAGAUGUUAUGUCACUACUCAUUAUUUGUUGACAAUGUUGCAUAUUUAAAAACUCUGCAAUAUAAUGGAGAAUUCAUUAAUAGCACUGUCCUGUUAAUAAACAGCAGUUCAACAA